CAAAGAUGGCCGACUGGAGGAAGUGUAUGCUUUUGUUACCCUUAGUUGUUUUAAUAAAUACAGCUUCAGGUACUCGUGUGCAAAAACUGAUAUAUUUUGAUGUGACUGGGACAAGUGCUUGUUUCCGCAGGUUCAAUGGCACACACCAAAUUGGCUGUACAUCUGACCUGACAGGAAAUGUAGGUGUGGUGCAUUAUAUAGAAAACAAGUCUGAUCUGGACUGGGUGCUGGAAGCAGGUCCUCACCAGCCAUAUGCUUUACUGAUGGAGCCAGAGCAUUUUAACAGGACCAAUGUGAUAGCUAUCAAGCAAUCUGGGAAGGUUAAUGGAAUUAUGGUGAUCAACAAAGAGAACUCCACGCUGCCUUCUAGUUUUCAUUUCUCUCCUGAUCAGUCGUGUCCCAAUAAUGUGAAUGGUCUGUAUGACAAGAACAGCCAGUAUGCAGACUGCAGUAAUGUCACAUGGAACACUGCUGGCAAUGGCCUGAUGUUCAUGGACUUUGGCAUGCCGAUAUUUUCUGUACAGAACGAAACAGAAAUAGACUACAUAAUACACAAGUGUUUUGCUGCCUUUAACAAACCCAUCAAUGGCACUCCAAGGGAACACCCCCUGUGUGCUGCACAGCUGAAAGAUUUCAUGACAGGUGCCAAGGAUUCACACACCUGCCUCAGUAGAACCAAGAGGAUAAUUAAUAUAAAUCCUGAAACCUACUGUGACCCGCUGGGAGACCAGAAUGUGUAUGGAUUGCUGAAACCUGUGUCAAACAAUGAAUCUCUUCCCCAGAAGUCUAUCAUCAUGGCAACUGCCAGGUUGGACUCAUUUGGUUUGUUUGAAGCUCAGUAUGCUGAGCUUGAAAGCCCAGUGGUCAGUUUUAUUACCUUACUGGCUGCAGCAGAGGCUAUUGGACGGGUCAAGCAGGAUAUAGUAGAAGAUAAGAAUGCAAAGGAUAUCAUGUUCACUUUCUUCCAAGGGGAAUCAUUAGACUACAUUGGCUCAGGGCGUAUGGUAUAUGACAUAGAGACUGGUGUUUUCCCACAGAAUAAAGACAAGUAUGGCAUUCAUGUCAUGAACUUUUCACACAUUGCCCACUUUGUAGAGGUGGGUCAGGUGGGACUGGCAGAGGGAGGGGCGUACUAUCUCCAUAGCGACCCUGUCAGUCAGAGAGAUGGACAGUUGGCAAAAGAGGUAACAAAACUUAAGAUUAACUUCCAAGAAGCUGUGGCCAGCAUGAAUAUAACCAACUUGACUAUAGAGGGCACUGCAGUGCCCCAGCCACUGCCACCUGCAUCUUUCCAGAGUUUCUUGAAGAAAGCUAACAUCUCAGGAGUUGUUUUGGCUGAUCAUGAGAGGGAGUUUAAAAACAGGUUUUACAACAGCCGUCUGGAUACGUUAAAGGGUCAAGGUAUGGACUGGCCAUCUGACCGUCCAGAAAACUUCAACACCACUAUUCAGCUGAGCAGAGAUAUUCAAAUUCUGGCCACUGCCCUGGCUCGGUCACUUUACAUCAUGGCUACUAAUAGUACACAGAAUAUCUCUAGGAUUAAUGCAGCAUUAGACGAGGUAUGA